AUGCAUUCAUACUUUGUGUUAUUCAUUUCGAAACUUAAUAUCGCCUCCCUACCUCUUUAUUUUCUUCAUUAUCCUUUACUUUUUGGUCAACUUAGACAAUCAUCUGCUGAAGAUAUUAACGCCUUUUCGGCAUCCAUACCCUCGCCUUUCCAGUCCGAGUCCAGUGGACCAUACAGUGUCCUGGGUGAUCCACUUGAACAAAGCUUUCAAAACAAGAGUCCUGAUAUUGCUGUUUCCUGCUCUUUGGGAGAAAACGGGUCAUCGGAACGGUCAGCUAGCAAAUAUCGCUACAAUCGGCGGGAUGAAGAUCUCAUGAGUCAUAAAAACAUCAUACAAGAGCGUCGCGGUAGCACCGAACCUGAAAUGAUAUUAGCCAACGAAGCAGGCCUAGCCAAUGUGCAUAUUUCUGCCAAAUCCGAUGAAUUCGUUCCGCCGAGCGAACCAACACCGGCAUCUCCCUUGGCUUCGUUGCUUAUUUCAAAUGAGAAGACUCAGCGAGUAAUGUUGGGUCAAACAAGAUUGGCUUCGGGAACUAUUGGGUCUGUUGAAAACGCUGAGGCCAUCAAACCUUGUGUAGGCUAUCCUUCCUGUGCAUCGCAAGCUGACCUUUUAACCAACAGUACAUCAAUGACUUCGUCAACAUCUUCCUCUUCUUCUUCCUUCUCUGCAUCUAUUGAUCCCCUCAUAUCAUCUUCGUGUCUAGCUAUUCGAUCGGAUGAAAAGGAUCUUCCUGCUGCAGUUGCAGGAAUUAAGUCCGAGCAAACUCGGUCGACUUCUUCACCACCCCCUCGGGCUUCAACUACCCGCCAAGUCAGUUGGCACUAUCGCAACUGUAGGCCCAAACCGUCCGAUAUUCCAGCAAGGCCCAUUGGCUUACAUAUCAGCCAUUGUCAGGCUCAGCUUGCGGGUCUCUCAGCCAUCAAUCCACUAGCCCUUCGACCGUCUUCUCCUUGCACAGCUCUUUUACCUCCACCAUUACUUGGACCAAUAAAGCAGAUCAGGCAGAUUCCAGUGGCCAAACGGAAGACCCCUGUCAAUAAUGAACCUGAACCUCAGCUUGCUAUCCUUGAAGAGAAGGCAGACAGUUUACUGAAAAGGAAUGAAGAUGUGGUCACGAAUUCUGAUGCAGAGGCACAAACGAAGCCCAGUCACCUUUUCGAGAAAUCACGGCAAAAUAGGUACGUCAUGCCUUUGGGUAUUAUGAAUCAUCCCAUUUGUGAGGCAGUUACUAUUUUGUUAUUGAGCCCUAAAGAAAAUUCUUACUUGACAUGA